GCCUCUCCCAUCCUUCCUCUUCCUCCUCUGGGAGAACCGGGAUACGGGACGAGGGGGAUGGCUUCCAACAGCAUCUUCGACUCCUUCGCCACCUACUCCUCCGCUUUCCUGCGCGAUCCGAGCACCAGCAGGCGCUUCACACCCCCCUCCACGGCCUUUCCCUGCGGUAAGAUGGGCGAGAACAGCGGGGCGUUGGGGGCCCCCGCCCCGGGAGCCCGGGCUCGCCCCGAGGUCCGCUCCGUCGUGGAUGUACUGGCCGAUCACGCCGGAGAACUGGUCCGCACCGACAGCCCCAACUUCUUGUGCUCGGUGUUACCGUCCCACUGGAGGUGCAACAAGACGCUGCCCGUCGCCUUCAAGGUCGUAGCCCUCGGCGACGUCCCCGACGGGACGGUGGUCACGGUGAUGGCGGGGAACGACGAAAACUAUUCGGCGGAGCUCCGCAACGCCUCCGCCGUGAUGAAAAAUCAAGUAGCGAGAUUUAACGACCUCAGAUUUGUUGGGAGAAGCGGCAGGGGAAAAAGCUUCACCCUGACCAUCACCGUGUUCACCAACCCCACCCAAGUUGCCACCUAUCACCGAGCCAUUAAAGUCACCGUGGAUGGACCCCGGGAGCCGCGAAGGCACAGACAAAAGCUAGAAGACCAAGCCAAACCCUUCACCGACCGCUACGGGGAGCUGGAACGGCUGCGCCAAUCCAUGAGAGUCACCCCAACAACACCCAACGCCCGCGGAUCCCUCAGCACCCCCAGCCACUUUGGGUCCCAGGCUCAAACUCCAAUACAAGGCACCUCAGAUCUGAGCCCCUUCUCUGACCCCCGGCAGUUCGAUCGCUCCUUCCCGACGCUGCCCACUCUCACCGACACCAGGUUCUCCGACCCACGGAUGCAUUACCCCGGCGCCAUGUCCGCUGCCUUCCCUUACACCGCGACGCCCUCUCCCACCGGCAUCGGGGGCAUCAGCAUGACCAGCAUGCCCACCACGACGCGUUUCCACCACACUUACCUGCCUCCCCCUUACCCCGGCUCCACGCAAAACCAAAGUGGACCCUUCCAGGCCAACCCUUCUCCCUACCAUUUGUACUAUGGCACGUCUUCGGGCUCCUACCAGUUCUCCAUGGUGGCCGGCGGCGAGCGGUCCCCCACCCGGAUGCUCUCUUCUUGUACAAGUGCCUCAGCGGGGAACAACUUAAUGAAUCCCAACCUGGGUAAUCAGAACGACGGGGUGGAUGCGGAUGGGAGCCACAGUAACUCGCCGACGACCAUGACGACUACUGGGAGGAUGGAUGAGUCGGUCUGGAGGCCCUACUAGGAGGAACUCAACUGGGCACCUAUAGCUUUAACUUAAUCAGCCACCUUUACGAUACUCCUUUUGGUAGUGAAUCGAGCGAAAUGAUGCCUCGGGAAAGGGUAAACCAAAGUCUCUCAAACCAAAAGCAAACCAGGAUCUUCUGCAUGCAAACACGGGCAAACAUCAAGCGAAGAUGGACCAAGACCUACGUUACAUUUCAAGAUGAACGUCCACGAGGCUUGAAUUUGUCGCUUGAUGUGGUUCCUUUCGUAUGCUUUAAGUAUGUGGAUUGUACAUAGGGGGAAACAAAAAAUAAGGACGUGCGGAAUCAGAUGUUUGUCUCUUGCAGAACACUUCUCAGUCAUCUCACUCACACCUCUUCCCCUCACAAAGCAUUCAAAAGUUACGAAAAGCUCACCCUUCUUCUGCAAAAUGUUUCAGAGAAGAGACAAGACCAGGGAGUCGGCCAAGCCGUCUCUCUGCCAGUGCAGGAAGACUGAACUGAAAAAAAAAACCAGAAAAAAGGAAAAAAAAAAAAGAAAAAAGCCCCCCAUUGUCUCCUCUCCUUCCCUCCCCACCAGCGUAGGGCCCCCGACCACCAAAGAGCUCCGGGAUGACGCCAGAGCCGCGCGUGGCACCUGAGAGUCUGGUUUACAGCCCAACGGCGGGGACUCGGGCACGCUCCUCGCGGGCCGGCCGGCAUCAGCCACGUGAACACGAGCUGUGAUGUGAUUAUUAUUAUUAUUUGUUGUCGGCGACAGAGGUUGUAUUGUUCAUUUUUGUCAUUGUCGUCAUUUUUAAAACAGUAACGUGGCUGAUCCCGUGCCUGACAGACCCACCCCCCCCUUCCCCUUUCCCCCUUUCCUCUAUGUUUACAUAUGAGAUGUACUUUUUAACGAGACGUGUUUUGUUUUGUUCUGUUUGCUCGCUUGUCCUGACCUCACCAUUCAAUCCUUUGCUCCUCUCAGCAAAUCUCAGCGAUGGUGGCCGAAGCGAAGGCGGCGUUCAGGACAAUCCCAGCUGUAUGAGAUGCACUUCCGAGCGCGUUAGCUGCAGAAGGGACUCAGGAGCCUUUGGUGUGACCCCACCAUCGGUCUCUGGGUCUUCCUUUCAUCCUCUCUGAGUGGCGACACAUGCAGCACCAUAUUUCUCUUACGAUUCUUUCCCAUUUUUUUCACCCAGAGCGGAUUGACACAUGAUGAUUUUUUUUUUUUUAUUAAGAAUCGACUUGGUUCAUACGGAAAGCUCUGACUGAGAUUUGGAGAAAGGAGCAAGUUCUGCUUGGUCCCUUGGUGGUGGGAAUAUUGCGAAGCGGCGUUGGCUUGCAUUUUCCAUCCCCUCACCCUCCUUUCCUUCCCCCCGAGUGACCCAGCGCAGGGGUAUCUCGCUGUAGAUGAACAAGCUGAGGAAGGGGCACUGAUGGUACCAUCGGUAGCUGGUGGCUUCAUGUGGCAUUCAGAGGAACCAGGGCUCCUGGGCACCACACACCCUCGUGAUACCAAAUCGUGAUACCUGAUACCAAAGAGGUUGCAACCCAAAUGGGACCGUGAUGGGAGGCAGCUGGAGGGGUGGCAAAGGGCUUCCUCAAGGCCAGGCUGGUGGCCUGGCUCCGAGGGAGGUCACAUCCCCUCCCGUGAUCCCGCUGUGCCUGCUGGUGACGUGGAAAUUCGGGCUGGAUUCGGGAUUCCUCCCACCAGCAGCACUGAGGGUGCGUGGGCAGGUUCUCAGGGAGCAGUGACCACUGCCCUUCGGAGCCCACCCUCCAACCAAGCGACAUUCCCAAAUCCCAGUGCCACCAGUAACCACGAUUAUUUUAUUUUUUUUAUUUUUUUAUUUUUCACCUGAGCAUAGGAAAAUUGAAAACGGAAAGCCCACCUGGCUCUCCCAGCCCCUCUGCCCAAGUUGCACCCUUGCAGCCGCGCAAUCACCAAAUCUCAGUCGGCAGCUCGUCAGCCCUCGGUUGAGGUAGAGAGCGUUGUUAAUUGCACUACCACGUCCAGACUGGAGCAAGACAUCCUGGCUUCCUUGGAAAGCUGCGAUGACCACUCACGAGUGAAAUAAGCAACAAGAAGAACAACUCUUUUAAAUAAUAAUAAUAAUAAU